GUUACAUUUUCGUCGGCAUCUCCCUCAAUAAUUGCCUUUUUUGCAUGCAAAGCUAAACCAGAAUCUAUGCGCAAACAGUAUACAUAUCUGAUCGUAUAGAAGUAUAUUUAUAUAGCUAAAUUUCAUAGCGAUUAUUGCCGAGACUGUCCUCAACACUGCUCUCUAUGUUCACUGAAAGUAGAGAAUUUUCAGCCGCGUAAACAUCUUGCAAGUGUGGGAAAAGAAUUUUUCUAGCUGAGCUGUAAAGAGCAAAUUGAAGUUAUUUGACUAUGUUUCCCGAAAGUGCCUUAAUACAAGGUGUUUCUACUUUUACCUUCGUUACAGUACUUUUAUUUGAGCUGAUAUCAAAGACAGUUUCCUUUCACGAGGAAAGGGUAUUGAACUUUUCAGACAUACUCCCUGCUGAUUUUAAAUCCUACGACAAGAUGCAGCCUCCGAAGAAAGAUGGUAAUCCUACUGUAGUAAGCUAUCAUGUUACAGUGAUGGGCCUUGACUCCAUCAACGAAGAAUCGAUGACUUACGCGGUGGAUAUCUUCUUUGCUCAGUCCUGGAAAGACCAUCGACUGCGUUUACCAGAGAAUAUGACAUCUGAUUAUAAGCUACUAGAAGUAACCUGGCUCAAAGAUAUAUGGAGACCAGACUCCUUCUUCAAAAAUGCCAAAUCGGUCACGUUCCAGACCAUGACCAUUCCCAAUCAUUACGUAUGGUUGUAUAAAGACAAAACAAUCCUUUAUAUGGUCAAGCUAACUUUAAUACUCUCAUGUGCAAUGAACUUCGCCACAUAUCCACACGACACACAGCAUUGUUCUUUGGAAAUGGAAAGUCUGUCACAUACUACUGAUGACUUAAUUUUCGACUGGCAGCCGGAUGUUCCACUACAAGUAAGCGAAGAUAUCGAAUUGCCACAGUUAGAUCUUAUCAAAACAGAUCGAAAAGAUUGUACUCAGACGUAUUCUACAGGUAAUUUCACUUGUCUCAAGGUCACCUUCACACUGAAGAGGCGCUUGGGCUACUACAUGUUUCAUACAUAUAUCCCAACAUGUCUUAUUGUCAUCAUGUCUUGGGUGUCCUUCUGGAUAAGGCCUGAUGCUGUUCCCGCUCGUGUAACUCUAGGAGUUACAAGUCUGCUGACGCUAUCGACUCAACAUGCGAAGAGCCUCGCCUCCCUCCCACCUGUAUCUUAUAUCAAGGCUAUCGAUAUUUUUAUGGCCUCGUGUACAGUGUUUGUAUUCUUGUCUCUUAUGGAAUACGCCUUAGUCAAUGUAAUUCUUGAAGAAUCUGCGGCCAUGAGUCUCAAGCAAAAGAUAUCGAGGAGAAAUAUGGAAGAAAAUUUAAUGGAACGUGAAGAACUGAGUGACGCACACAUUGUGAUUAUGGAUUUAAAAUCAAAUUCCGUUUCGUCUAAAGUUCGCUGUCAUCAAACAUGGGCCUCUAGAAUUGACCAGAUUUCAAGGAUAAUGUUUCCUUUUAGCUUUUUUGUACUCUCUGCUGUCUAUUGGAUAUACUAUCUUCUUUGUAUUUAACAUAAUCACGUAAUCUAAAAAAAAAUAGAAAGAAAGAAGAUUUAUAAGUUUAUUGUAACUGUUUAAAUUUACAUGCUGUGUAAUCCUCUUUCUUCAAGUAUAUAUUAACUUCGAGAAUCUUAUUGGUUUAACAUUUCUUCAAUUAUCAUGCGUAUUUCUGAUAUGCUGAAGUAAUCCGUUGCAGUGCUACUAUUAGAGCUUUCAAAUUAGCAGCAUUCACAUAGCUGGUCAAUAUCUAAAAAUCAUCAGAGAAAAAGUUAUGAGAAGUUAUGGUGAAUUAAUUAUAGCAAAGCAUACAACGACUAUCUGCCUUAGGAUGAAUGUCUUCGUGGAGGAUUUCCUAAAGGAGACUAGGGCAUAUUUUCUUCAUACAUGGGGAAAACGUGCGUGCAGCGCGUUCAUCAGGUGUAGCGGUGGUGUAUUUAAUUAUGGCAAAGCACACUAGGGCUAUCUGCCUAAGGAGAGGGAUGCCUUCGUGGAGGACUUUCUAAGGUAAACUGGCUCGUAUACACGUUACACAUGAGGAAAACCACGAAAACAGCCAUGCAGCCAGCCCGUUCGCGGGAUUCGAACCUCGGACCGAACUACCAGUGUUCAGCGACUUUACCGCUCGGCCGCUGGUUGGCCGCGUUCAUCAGGAACCGAACUUAAGACGAGCUAAUUGUGCUCAACGGUGUUAUCCAUUCUAUCAUUAGUGGGCUCGAGCUUCAUGGAUUUUAAAUUACUGAUUUCAAAUACGCCGUUGCUUUCUGUCUACGUCAAAUUUUGUAGAAAUGAAUUUAUUCAAACUCAUUCUUUUAUUAUUUCAAUAACAGUGAAUGAAUUCUGUGAUUAUUAUUUGCAAGUAAAUUAUUUCAGUGAUGAAUAAUAAUAAGCCUCCACGGAACAGCUGCAAACACUAGAUUCAAAUUUUGAACGCCGUGGUGUUAAAUAUAGACUGAGCAAUUGGUAAUUAACAUACAUGCUUAAGUUCUAUAAAUGUUGGAGAAUAAUACAUAAAAAUUUGAAGAAUCUGAUUUCAAGAUUUUAUAUCUCUGUUCUUCAGCUCGAAUUUGAAGGACUAAUAUAUGUAUAAUUUAAUUUAAGCUGCUUUACUUUAUAUACAUUUUUAACUGUGAAGAAUAUGUCAGCUCGUUUCUAAAGGGCAUCAUAAGUGUCAUCAACAGAAAACAAAACUAUUUCAAGCAAUUAAAAUAAAUAAAACAAGAUAUUCAAGCACGUCUAGGACAUUAUUUUAAUAAUUAAUUGAAAAUAUAGCUACUUAAAUUAGUAUUUUGGGAAAAUGAAUUUCUUCGCAAUAAUCAGUAAUUUUAAAUCUUAAGGCCUUUAUGUCUUAAUGCGCGGUCGAUUCUAAGGUGCACCCCAUUUUAGGGACAUCUGUAAGAAAAGAAUGGUGCCUUUAGAUUUGAAAGAAUAUGGUUUAUGUAUAAUACUAUGAAAAACAGGUAGCAUAUCAGUUUUAAAUAAUGCAAAUGAAAUACAGGAAAGCAAAUGUUCUCAAAUUUGUGGAUCAUAGAUCACCAGAAUUUGAAUGAAAAAUGCAAUGUAAUGAUAAAUACUAAAUGCUGUGGCUUUAAAUAAAGAAAAGACGGUGAAACGCCUUGUAGUAAAAUAUAUACAGAACAAGACAACUAAAUAUGGUUGUCUUGUUACAAUACAGAAGAAGACAACCAAAAGUACUUUUCGAAACAUGAAGUUUAACUUAUAAAAGGGUAAGGAAGGACAAAAAUAGUGCAUAAUUUUGCCAUCAAUUACGUUCCGCUUUACAAAAGUGUGAAUUUAAUAUAAUCUCUUUCUCUUUUAAUAAGGUGUUAUGUCAACAGUAUUGAUGUGUGCUUCUUCUCGUCUGAAUCUAGAAAUUACUUUCCAGUCAAGCAAUACUAUUCACACCUUUAAAUUGGACACAUCGAAAAGUCCCGCAGCAGACGGAUGUGAAAAAAGCAUAAUAAUGUUACCAAAUGAAACAUAUAGGACUUUUUUUUUAGAAAAUAGCGUCUUAUAUACUUCAAUCUCUAUUAACGUAAAAGGAUACUUGGUCUUCUGCUGGGGCCUUGAUGAGAGAAAAUAGCGUUGGCGCAAUUCAUGCUUAAGAAUGCGCGAUUUAUUGCCAAAUGUUAUGAACAUGAAAACAAAACCUACGAAAACGAAAAAUGAAAUGGAAAUUCAAUCGUUAUCCAUGAAAACGAAAUGAUUACGGUUAACGAUAAAUCGGUGAUUCAUUCGAAAUUUAUACCAUAAGGUUAGUUAAUAUAUAUAGGUAUAAUAUAGUAUAUAUUUAUAGAGAGAGGGGAGGAAUUUAAUAUAAAUUUACAUUUACUUUAGUUUUUAAUACAAAUUUGCCAAGAUUUAUUUAAAGUAACGUAAUUUAAAAGAACUUAUUUAAUAGCUUAUGUAAACAUACUGGAAAAUUCAUUUUUUACACACUAUUUCUAGUGACUACAAUUCACUAAUUGCUUCUAAUAAUGUCUCAAACAUCAGCUAUAACUUCUUUUUCGUUGAUGGAAGACUGAAAAUAGUAAGCAUAAUGAGUAUUUCACAAUCAAAAACCUCUAUAUUGACACAUUCCAGUUACGAAAAACCUGCCCAGACCGUUAACCAUUUGUUUCUCAGAUAUGCGCAGAUCAGCAGCCGUCUGUUUGUCGCCGAUGCAAAAAUGCACCAAAUCCGCUUUAUUGCCAAGACCGCUACAGAACGCAUGUACUGAAAAAAAAAAAUUUUUUUUAAUAAAAUCUCAAAGCUUUCAGAUUUUACAUUACGCCCAAAGGGGCACUUUUGAUAGUUUUGUGUACUACCUUUAUUAAAUAUCAUGUUCUUCGUACUCAAACCAUAAAAUUCAAUUCAACAGUAAUAUCGCAAAAUAAUUUUAAAAUGAACAUAUCUCUAGAAUUUCGAUUCUUUAGAUUUUCUCGGGCGCUGAAGAUAAAUUUUUUUUUUUUUCGUACAGUGUUGCCAUUGCUCGCUUUGAAAGUAGUUGAGUUUGUUAAUCGUUAAAAUUCGUUAAAAUCUUACAAAAUAUGAAAUCGAUAAUAAAGCGAAUU